AUGGCUAUCAAAUUCAAUUCCAUCCUUGGGAUUCUCUUAGCUCUGGUGAUUGCCGCCGUUCUCUUCCAUGUCUCCACCGCACAUGGCGACCGGAGAAAGGCUUUGGUAUUUAACUGGAAUCCUAUAAAAAAUGUAACGGACCCUAAGGUGGUGGACAUAGGAAUAUUCGCAAUAAAUGAGCACAACAAAGAGGCGAAGAUCAAGUUGAAAUUUCAAAAAAACGUGAAGGGAGAGAUCCAAGUAAUUGAAGACGUAUAUUAUGCCGAAAAUUAUCGGAUGGUUAUCGCCGCCACGGACGGCGGUGGUUCACCACUUAACUAUUUGGCAGAGGUGACGGACAUGCCAUGGGAUGAACGUAGGAUCCUCACUUCCUUUAAAGAAACAAAUUAA